AUGGUGGACUGCACCGUGGGCUGCACCGUGGGCUGCACAGUGGACUGCACCGUGGACUGCACCGUGGACUGCACCUUCUGGACGAACCCAAAGACAACGAGACCUUCUCUGGAGGCCGUGUCCAGCAGCAGGCCUGAUGUUCUGCACACUCUCAGAGCCAAACCCAAGUUGAGGAAUGUGCAGGUGAUCCAGCAUCCAGACCUGGAGAGGAUCCAGCAUCCAGACCUGGAAAGGAUCCAGCAUCCAGACCUGGAGAGGAUCCAGCAUCCAGACCUGGGCCUCGGGGUUUUAGGGACUUCGUCCCCGCCGUCCAGACAGGCGUGGAGUCGGGACAACCCGGGCUUUGAGCUCGAGGAGGAGAUCAUGGAAGCGGACUGGCCUUCAGCGAGUCCCGUGAGGAGGUCUGUGUCCGCGGCCUCCAGCUGCAGCAGCGGCCGGGAGAGCCGCUCCAACCGCGGCCAGGUGCUCCGAGGAGGACCGCUGCCCACCCGGAGCCUGAACGCCUCACAGCAGAACGGACAUGAGCGCCUGAGCUGCAUGAAGCAGAUCCUGCAAAAGAUCAGAAUCUUGUGGGGCACAGACCUGAUGGAGGAUAGCGACAACAGCCGAGAACAGUACCUCUGGAACGUUUUGAGGGAGAUGCUGACAUACAUCGCGUUCCUUGUUACCAUUUGUGUCUUGACCUAUGGGAUGGUGAACAGCAACAUGUACUAUUACACCAAAGUUAUGUCCAAGCUGUUCCUCGACACGCCACUGUUUCCAGGAGACCCUGCUACUUUCAGGAGCCUCUCCACCAUGGAGGAUUUCUGGAAGUUUACACAGGGGCCCUUCCUCAGUGGCGUGUACUGGGAGGUUUGGUACAACAACAAGAGCCUCCCAGAGAACCAGACUCUCAUCUACUACGAGAAUCUUCUUCUCGGGGUGCCGAGGCUCCGGCAGGUCAGAGUCCACAACGAGUCCUGCUCCAUCUACAAGGAUCUGCAGGAUGAAGUCCAAGACUGCUACAACAUUUAUACUCCGAGCAACGAGGACACCGCCUCCUUUGGCCCAAAGAAUGGAACAGCGUGGGUGUACACCAGGGAGAGUGAGAUGAACGGCAGCAGUUUCUGGGGUCAGGUGUCGAGGUACGGAGGUGGAGGAUACUACCAGGACUUGUCUCGAACAAGAGAGGAGUCAGCCGCUCAGCUGCAGUUCCUCAAAGACCACCUCUGGCUGGACAGAGGCACAAGAGCCGUCUUCCUCGACUUCUCUGUCUACAACAGAAACAUAAAUCUUUUUUGUGUUGCCAGGUUGUUGGUGGAGUUCCCUGCAACUGGUGGGAUGGAGACCUCUUGGCAGUUCCAGACAGUACGUCUGAUACGAUAUCUAUCCAGCUGGGACUACUUUGUGGGCAUGUGUGAAGUGGCAUUCUGCCUGUUCAUCCUCUACUACGUGGUGGAAGAAGUUCUGGAAAUCCACCUCCACCGGCUGCAUUACUUCAGGAGCGUGUGGAACUGUCUGGAUGUUCUCAUAGUUGUGCUGAGUGUUGUUGCCAUCAUCAUGAACAUAACCAGAACAGCCAUGGCCAGAAACCUGCUCAAUGACCUGCUGGAGAACUACUCCGCUCACGCCAGCUUUGAGCGUUUGGCCGACCUGCAGGUCCACUUUAACAACAUGGCUGCUGUUAUCGUCUUCUUCUCCUGGGUCAAGUUGUUCAAGUUCAUUAACGUUAACCAAACCAUGAGUCAGCUGACCAGCACCAUGUCCCGCUGCGCCAAAGAUCUCUGUGGGUUUGCGAUCAUGUUCUUCAUCAUCUUCCUGGCGUACGCUCAGCUGGCCUACUUGGUGUUUGGAACUCAAGUCAAUGACUUCAGCACUUUCCAAGCCAGCAUAUUUACUCAGUUCCGAAUCGUUCUUGGUGACUUUAACUUCUCAGAGAUGGAGGAGGCACAUCCGGUGCUUGGGCCUGUAUAUUUUACAACCUUUGUCUUCUUCAUUUUCUUUAUUCUCAUGAACAUGUUCCUGGCCAUCAUCAAUGACACCUACUCUGAGGUGAAGGCGGACAUGUCGCAGCAGAGAUCUGAGAUGGAAAUGACUGAUCUCCUAAAGAAGUGCUGUAACAAAGCUUUGAUGAAGUUAAGACUGAAGAAGACGGCGGUCGACGACCUCUCCGACACUGAGCAGCAAGCGGGGGGGAAACUGAACUCUGACGAACUUCAUCACAAUUUAAAGGGAAAGGGCCCCACAGAAGCAGCGAUUCAGGCCAUCUUUGCAAAGUACAACCAGGAUGGAGACCCCGAGCUGACGGAGCAGGAGCACCAGCAGAUGAAAGACGACCUGGAGAAAGACAGAGAGGACUUGGAGCUGGAGCGUAAUUCACUGACUCGACCCAGCAGUGGGCGGAGCUUCCCUCGCACUCAGGAUGACUCGGAAGAGGACGACGAUGAGGACUCGGGUCACAGUUCUCGUCGCCGCGGAAGCAGCUCGGGGGGUGUCUCGUACGAAGAGUUUCAAGUGCUGGUGAGGCGGGUGGACAGGAUGGAGCACUCCAUCGGCAGCAUAGUGUCCAAGAUCGACGCUGUGAUCGUGAAGCUGGAGGGGAUGGAGAGAAGCAAACUGAAGAGGAGAGACGUGCUGAGCAGGCUGCUGGACGGCUUCGUGGAGCAGGCUACUCCCGGCGGCCCGCUGCCACGCCCGCCCUCCUCCCUGUCCAUCAACAGUCUGGACACAAGUGCUGACGGAGGCGUCCAUGUGUGAGGACGUGGCCAG